CCCUCCCCUUCUCCACGGUUCUGGUGUCCUCAGUCCUUUGACCAGCCACCAGCAGGAGGGCAGAUGUCCUUACGGACGCUCAGGAAAAGCGAGUGCGCCGGAGCCAGCAGCCGAGGUCCCAUCCCGCAGCCGCCGGGGAGCAGCGCGAGCGGGAAGGAGGAACGCGCCCCAGAAUGUGAGGCUCCCCUCCCUAGAGCGGCGGCGAAUGCAAAGGCUGUCCCUCCCUAGAGCGGCGGACCUGACAGCCCCUGCGAGCUGAGAGGACCGCGGCUUGUCCCACCGCGGGCGAGGGUCAGAGGUGUUGGGCGAGACCUGCCUCUCUCCGAGACCGCUAGCGACGCGGGACAACGCGCCCAAGCUGCAGGUGGCCCCGAGACGCCCCUCGGAGCUCUGGACAGCCUGCGCGGCACGGAGCCGCGGUGGCUUUGGAAGCUCCUGCAGGGCCCUCCCUAGGCUCCCUGGAAAGGCUGGAGUGAACAAUCUGAGACGACAGAGAUAGAGGGGACGUCCUGGCCCAAGGCGCGGGGUGCCUGGGGUCCCCAGGCCUACUGGCCAUGGCGGACAGUGGCAGCUCUGCCAGCAGCUCCGGCCCCUGGUGGAAAUCGUUAACCAGGAAGAAAAGCAAGGAAGUCCCGGUGGGGUUGCAGCCUCAGGUUCAGCCAGAGACCAAGGAUCCCUCACCACCUUACCCUGAUCGGACUAGUAGAGAAAACCAGCAUUCCAACGUCCUUGGGGACACCGGAGAGCCUCCCAGGUCAGAUAAGCUGUGUGAGGAGAAAUCAGGCAGCAGCCGGCGCAAUUUGAAGAUCUCACGUUCUGGCAGAUUCAAGGAGAAGAGGAAAGUGCGAGCCACGCUGCUCCCGGAAGGAGACAGGUCCACGGAGGAGGAGGCCGACCUUCCAGAUGACCCCCAGGAAGACAAGCAAUAGCCUGAGCAAGCUUCCAGGACUGUCUCUCUCUCUGUGGCGAGAGAAACACUAUUACCCCUGGCCCUAGCACUGGGUGUCCCACUUAAGUUCAGAAUGUUCAGGUGAACAAAGCCUUCAAGAUUUAAUUUUUUUUUUUUCUAGAAAAUGAAGGGUCAGCUGGGUCUUCAGUAUUCCAUGACUCCAGGACGAGUGAGUAUUUUUGUGGGAAGUUUAGGUAUCUGCUGCUGAGGAAGGUGGCUUUUUAAAAAGCUAUUCUGAGGUGUCACUGUUGCAGGAGGGAAAAGGCUAGAUGGAUAUUUCAGAGGCAAUGAGGAGGUGAUGGCCACUCCAGCUUCUUAAGUGAGGAAGCCAUGCUCUCUCCUAGGACUCUGGAGAACAAUUUACAGCACUGUUUUUAAUGGCUGGGAAAUGCACUUUAGGGUAUUACCCUAGAUUUAUUUUUAUGCGAAGGGAUGGGAGAGGACCCUCUCCCCAGGUUAGAAGUAUUGAGAAGAUUGCUUUAAGUGAGAACUGCAAAGCUGUAUGCCUGUUUAGUGUGCACUAUUAAAAUUGUUCAACUGUAA